UAGGAAAAUGGUCUCGUCGAAGGGCAAGGAGAAGGUCGGCGCCGGCGACAAGGCCGGGGCCGGCAAGCGGAAGAUCGAUCUCACCGGUGGAAAGGAUGACGACAAGACCGGCAAAAGGAAGAGGAACGACGUCCUUCAGUUCUUCGAAGACAGCGCUUUCGAGGUCGGAGAUGACGAGUACAGUGACGAUUCUGACUUCUUCGACACUGAUUUUAUUGAUGAUGAAUUUGGCACUGAUGAUGGAGUCCAGAAGCAACAUGAGAAAGCCCCUGUCUUCCCUUUAGUACCUAAGGAGGAGGAAAUGGAUGAAGAAGAGUUAGAAAAAAUGUUGAGAGAGCGCUACAAAGCAGGUUCUAGUUUUGUUAAAUUUGCAGAAGAUGGAUAUGAAAAGAAAGGAUCAAUUCAAGAGGACAUAUCUGUGCCCUCCACCAAGGACCCUACUAUAUGGAAAGUCAAAUGCAUGGUUGGUCGUGAAAGGCAUUCAGCUUUCUGCCUUAUGCAGAAAUAUGUGGACUUGCGAGUUCUGGGAAUGAAGCUCCAAAUAAUUUCCGCUUUUGCUCUUGAUCAUGUGAAAGGCUUUGUCUAUAUUGAAGCAGAUAAACAGUCUGAUGUUAAUGAGGCUUGUAAAGGGCUCUGCAGUAUAUAUUCCAGUCGGAUGUCUCCAGUUCCAAGGAACGAAAUUUCUCAACUGAUAUCAGUACGAAGCAAGUGCAAUGGAAUUUCUGAGGGCAUGUGGGCUCGUGUUAAGAGUGGCAAAUACAAGGGGGAUCUAGCGCAGGUUGUGGCAGUGAAUGAUGUACAGAAAAAAGUCACAGUGAAGCUGAUUCCAAGAAUAGACUUGCAAGCACUGGCUGAGAAAUUUGGUGGAGGAGUUGUUGCCAAGAAGGCUUCCAUUCCAGCACCAAGGCUAAUCCGCUCUACUGAGCUUGAAGAUUUUCGUCCUCUCAUCACAAUUCGCAAGGACCGUGAGACAAACCAGAUGGUUGAAGUUCUUGAUGGAAAGAUGCUUAGAGAAGGCUAUUUAUUUAAGAAGGUGUCGAUUGACUCUUUGUGCUUUUGGGGUGUAAUGCCUUCUGAAACUGAGCUCCUGAAGUUUGAGCCUUACAAGAAUGAUGAACCCCAAGAUACCGAGUGGCUUUCCCAGCUCUAUGGUGAGCGAAAGAGAAAACGAACAAUUAAGCAUGACAAAGGGAAUGGGAAAGGUGGUGAGAAAGGAGAGGGUUCAUCAAACUCUGCCAAUGGAAACAAUUUUGAAGUAGAUGAUCUUGUGUUUUUUGGUCGCAAGGACUUUGGCAUUAUCAUUGGCACUGAGAAGGAGAAUGUGUAUAAGAUCAUGAAAGAAGGUUCAGAGGGACCGGUGCUAGUGACUGUUCAACUUCGUGAACUAAGAGCAGCAUGCUUUGAUAGAAAACUGUUCACCGUAAAAGAUCAACAUAAAAAUACAAUUUCCAUUAAUGACAUUGUCAGGGUUUUGGAUGGUCCAUCAAAGGAUAGACAAGGGAUUGUUAAGCAAAUCUACAAAGGUGUCAUCUUUCUGUAUGAUGAGAUGGGUGAGGAACAUAACCGGUAUGUCUGUGUUAAAGCUCCAGUGUGUGAAAGAAUUUCCCGUAGCCAUGGUUUAUUGUCUGGGAAGGAAAGUGAGGCUGGACCAUCUACAGGUUUUGCUGAAACUCCAUCAUCUCCAAAUACCCCAUUGUCACCUAAGAAACCUUGCAGAGAGAGGGUUUCUCGUGGGGAUAAAGAUGGACUACUAUUCUCUGUUGGUCAAUCAGUCAGAAUACGUGUUGGUCCUUUGAAGGGAUAUAUCUGCCGUGUCUUGGCUGUACGUCAAUCUGAUGUCACUGUUAAACUUGAUUCACGGCAAAAGAUUCUUACAGUUAAAAGCGAGCAUCUCUCUGAGGUUCAUGGAAGGUCUUCUACCAUUUCUUUGGGUAGUGCUGAUCCAGAGGCUGCAAAACCAUUUGAUCUGCUUGGAGCACAGGAUGGCUCAACAGAUUGGACUUCUGGAGGGUUACCAGCUUCUGCACAAGAUGAAAAUUGGAAUGCAGGAUUGCCAUCAAAUGAAAGGAGCGCUUGGCCUUCUUUCCCUGCAUCAAGCUGCUUAACAACUCAACUGGAUCCUAAUUCCAUAAGUCCUCUCACUGCAGUUGAUGUGAAUAAUGAUGCUGGAAAUUCUGCUUGGGAUAGUGGGACAACUCAAAAUAAGAAUGCAUCAUGGGGUGCAUCAGGAGUCUCUGAGAAAAAUGUUGCUGAUGCUGGACAAGAUAGUGGCUGGGGAGGGAGUGAUAGUUGGAAGAAAAGUGUUCCCACUACAGGAGUUGGUAGCAGUAGUUCUGAUGGUACCAACAAGGACAAUGCUUCCAACUGGGGUGCUUCUGGAACCACACCAGGGAAAGAAACUAGUGGGAACUGGAAUCAACCUGAAUCAAGUGGUUGGAAUAAAGCUACAGUAAGGAAUGAAGGCCAAAGUGAAGGAUGGGGUAACAAAGUGAAUGGUGGAGGAAGUGAUGGGUCUAGUUGGGGCAAAUCUGUGGGUUCUCAAGGUAAAGGGGCUAUUGUUGGAAACAGUGAUGCUUGGGACAGCAAGGGAGUGGCAUCUAGCUCCUUAUCUGGUCCAGUUAGUGAGAGUAAGGGAUGGGGCAAUGCUGGUAGUUCACAGGAUGGCGGGUCCACUUGGAGCAAACAAGAUGCAGGAUCUUCUUGGAAUAAGAAGGAAGAUAAAUCUUCAUGCGCAAAGCAAGGAGGGACUCAAUCUUCUUGGGGCAAACAAGACAGUAAGAUACCUGAUAGUUCUGGUGGGGGUGAUGGUGGGUCUUCUUGGGGAAAGCAGGAGGGUGCAUCAUGGGGCAAACAAGAUGGGGGAUCUUGGAAUAAGAAGGAAGAUACUUCAUGGAAUAAGCAAGGGGGAGGACCAUCCUCAGGCCAGCAAGCCAACAAGGAUGGUGGGUCUUGGAACAAACAGGAGGGUGGAUCCUCAUGGGGCAAACAAGAUGGGGGAUCUUGGAAUAAGGAAGAUAAGUCAAAUAAGCCAGGUGGAGAGACAUCCUGGGGCCAGCAGGCUGACAAGGAUGGUGGGUCUUGGUGCAAACCGGAGGGUGGAUCCUCAUGGGGCAAACAAGAUGGGGGAUCCUGGAAUAAGGAAGAUAAGUCAAAUAAGCCAGGUGGAUCCUCAUGGGGCAAACAAGAUGGGGGAUCUUGGAAUAAGGAAGAUAAGUCAAAUAAGCCAGGUGGAGAGACAUCCUGGGGCCAGCAGGCUGACAAGGAUGGUGGAUCUUGGAGCAAACCGGAGGGUGGGUCAUCUUGGAAAGGAGCAAAAACUUUUGGUUCCGGUGAUGGAUAUGGCAAUCGGAAUGGAGGUGAAUUUGGGAAUAAAGAUGGUUCAGAUCAACAAGGAAGCUGGGGUAGGGAAAACACUUUUGAUGGCGGCCGUGGUUUUGGAGGCAGAAGAGGAAGGGGUGGCGGCAGAGGAAGAGACAAUUUUGGAAGAGGUAGAGGUAGGGGAGGGAGAUCUUUUGAUCGAGGUGAGUCAAGCAGCUGGGGCAAGGAAGGUGAAGAUAAUAAUGGAUCAGGAUUUGCUGGGGGAUCUAGUUGGAAAAGUUCUCAGGAAAGCUCUUGGGGUAAAGUCACAUCAAGUACAGGUUGGAAAACUGAUCAAUCAGAAAAGCACGAGGGAUCAGGAUUUGCUGGGGGGCAAACUAGUUGGAAAAGUUCUCAGGAAAGUUCCUGGGGUAAGGUAACAUCAAAUGAUGAAAACAAUAAAGCAAGUUCGGGUUGGGGAAGUACUCAAUCAGAAAAGACUGAAAACAACAAAGCUGGAUCAAGUUCGGGUUGGGGAAGUAAUCAAUCAGAAAAGACUGAAAGCAACAAAGCUGGAUCAAGUUCGGGCUGGGGAAGUGAUAAGUUAGAAAAGACUGAACGAGAUGAAGGUGGCUGGAAUGCUGCCAAACCUUCUGGUGAAACCCAGUCAUCUAGUUGGAACAGAAAAUCAUCUACGAAUGAAGAAAAAACUACGAGUGGAGGUGAUGGGUGGAGCACCGGUAAAGGAAGUGGUUCUGAAAAUAAUCAGUCAUCAGGUUGGAAUAAAAAAUCUAGUGAUGGUGGUGGAAUUGGAGAUGCUGUAAGUGGUUGGGGCAAUAAUGAACAAUCUUGGAAAACUAACAAUUCCGCUGCAGGAAAUCAGUCAUCUGGGUGGAAGAGUGAAGGAAGCCAGGAUCCUAAUGCUUGGAGCAGCAAAAGUAACUGGAACUCAGGAAGUGGCUUUGCUGGGGAUGAACAGCAGCCUGACAGUUCGAAUGAGAGGGGAAGAGGUGGAUGGAGGGGUGGCCGUGGUGGAUCAGAUAUAGGUGGCUUUGGAGGCAGAGGUGGAUCAGAUAGGGGAGGCUUUCGAGGUAGAGGUCGGUCAGAUAGGGGAGGCUUUCAAGGUAGAGGUGGAUCUGAUAGGGGUGGCUUUCGUGGUAGGGGUGGCUUUGAUAGGGGUGGAUUUGGGGGCAGAGGGCGAGGGAGAAGAGAUCAAAAUGAUGAAUGGAACAACAGAAAUGAUUUUGGCGAUGGCAAGCCCAGCAGUUGGAGCAGUGGGUCAGGCAGUGAUCCUGGUAGCUGGAAAGCUAGUGAUGGUAGUGGAAGUUGGAGUCAAGGUGGCAGUGGAAAAGGUCAGUGGCAGAGUUGGUCUGCAGGUGGUAGCACAUCUAAAGUAGAUGGACAUAGCUCGAAAGCUGGUGGAUGGAACAAUAAAAAUGACUCUGGGGAUGGUAAGCCUGGCAGUUGGAAGACUGGAUCAGGCAGUGAUGCUGGAGGUUGGAAAGCUAGUGAUGAUAAUAAGGGGAGUUGGGGUGGGACUGAGAAAGGCCAGGGCGGUUGGAAAAAUGGGUCAGGCAGUGAUGCUGGUGGUUGGAAAUCUAGUGAUAACAAGGGGAGUUGGAAUGAAACUGGCAGUGGGAAAGGCCAGGGGCAAAGUUGGUCUGCAGCUGGUAGCACAUCUAAAACAGAUGGACAUGUCUCAGAAGCUGGAGGAUGGAACAAAGGGUCCAGUGCAAAUGCUGCUGGAGGUGAUGCUAGUGCCAGUAAAUGGUCUACCCCUACCCAAGAGAACACUUCAGGAAAUCUGAACUCAUCUUGGAAUUCAAGCCAAUCAAAUGCUUCUGAAUUUGAAAAAUCCAAAGAAGCAUGUGGAGCUACUGAAAGUGGAGGGCCUGCUGAUGCAUGGGGUAAGGCAUCUAGCUCUUGGGGCAAAGGGAGUGAUGGAGGUGGCAAGGGAGGGUGGUGAUGGCUCCUGAAAGGUGUGGUUGCUUGAUGUGGGGAUGGCCAUGCUUGGUGCCCCCUGGACCAUCUUUUUAAUUAUGCUUUAGUUGUAAAUGGCCUGAAGCCAUAUUGAAACCAGAAGUUUAGUUUUUUAACCAAUUGAGGUUAUGUACAUUUUGGACGAAAGCUUCGUAGGAGCUAAUUACUCCGUAUCAGUUUUUUACUUCCAACCUGGUUUCUUCAUCUCAGACUUACCAGCAUACUAAUAUAAUAAUUGUAUGUAAACCUUGGAAAGUUGACUCUCAAUUCUCCAAUUCUCUUCCUGACGUUUGAUACUUUGAUGGGUUUAUUCAAGGCAUGGCUUUACUGCUA